UAUUUAGCUGCUGCAAUGGCUUCAGCCGAGAGCUCACAUGUGUCGCAGAGCUGCUCAGAAGAGGGGCAGGAUUUUAUCCCAUCAAAACUUGGAACAAAAGAGUACUGGGAUGAUGCCUACAUGAGGGAGCUCCAGACUUACAAAGACAUUGGAGAUGUUGGAGAAAUAUGGUUUGGGGAGGGAAGUAUGAACAGAGUGAUCAAAUGGAUGGAGAAACAGAAUAUACCUGAAAAUGCUGCUAUUCUGGACAUUGGCACUGGAAAUGGAGUCUUCCUUGUAGAACUGGCCAAACAUGGUUUUACAAAUCUUACUGGGAUAGACUAUUCCAGUGCCUCCAUAGAGCUCACAAGAAAUAUUCUGGAAGAAGAGGGCUUAAUAACUAUUAAAGUUCAGGAACAGGAUUUUCUGAAUCUUAGCACUGAUUUCAAAGAUUUUGACGUAUGUAUAGACAAGGGCACCUUCGAUGCCAUUAGCUUGAAUCCUGAAGGACGAGAUGUGGCAAAGCUGCAGUAUGUUACUUCGCUGAGAGCUGUUUUGAAGCCACAGGGUCAGUUUGUCAUAACUUCCUGUAACUGGACCAAAGAGCAACUUCUGCAGAUCUUCAGCCCAGGUGUGAACCCUCCACCCAUAUUUGGGUACACAUUAAACACAAAUCGCUGGUCUUGGUCUGCUACCCUGGUUCAUUUUGCUGUUCGUGGUCCCCACCAGACAAGGGAAUUCAAUAGCAGACUAUGCUUUUGUCAUCAUCUAGAAGAAGAUCAGCACUGUACUGUCUACAAGACCAGCAAUGACUUGACAUAAUCUCUGUUUUAACAUUUAACUCAUGAUACUCUCAUGUCAUUAUUAUAGCAGAUUUGCUGGUAAUAACAGCAGACAAGCAAUGAAAUAGCAAAGCAAUACUGUUUUUGGCACAUGUAUUACAGAGACCUGAUUAGUGAAUUGAAAUUGACAAAAGCAUUCAAUCAUACAGUGAAGAUCAAGAAAGGUUCAUUUUUAUGGCUUUGGCUGUGAUUCACAUAAGUUCUCUGUUUCAAUACAAAGUAGAAGUAGAAUAAUAUUUUUAUAUCAAGAGUAUAUGAGGUAUAGAUCUGAAUGUUGUACUUUGAAGCGCUAGUGAAGGUUAUUAAUGGCCAUUUUUGG